AUGGCGGAGGCGGCGCUGGGAGCGCUGUGCCGCGGCGGAGGCUGGUCCUACGCCGCCAUCUGGCGCUCCGACCGUCGCGACCCACGGUUGCUUACGAUAGGAGAGUGCCACUGUGAAGAUGAAGCCAGAAAAGUUGUUGAAAAUAUGCUUAAUCAGGUCCAUGUUGUUGGAGAAGGCAUCAUAGGGUCAGCUCUUGUAAGUGGGGAGUGCCAAUGGAUUUCUGAUGAUAUUUCAUUUAAUUUAGUCCAGCCUUGUAACACAGAAAGCCUAGGCUUAUUUCAGGGCUAUACUUGGUGGCAACAUCAGUUCCUGAGCGGAAUAAAGACUAUUGCAGUAGUACCUAUCCCGGCGCUUGGUGUGGCACAGUUCGGCUCAACCCAAAAGGUAUCUGAGAACUUAGAGUUUGUUGACCAUGUUAAAGGCACAAUUUGUAGAAGAGAAAGGAUUGUAUGGGAUCCUUCAACCAAACAUAUUCAAGGAGAUGAUUUCUCUCAUAUCAGUCAAUUUCAACUCAAUUCUCUGAGCACGAAAGGUCGUACAGGUAUCAACGCUGACACAGAAAACAAUAAUCUUCUUGAAAACACAGUAAGUAUGGAAUCUCUCGGGAGUUUAGUAAGUACUUCAAGCAAUUACACUCCAAGCUCUUCAAAUGGUUUCACCACCUACGGGAGUUGCAACAGUCGGAAUCCUACUCAUAUAGUGGCCAUGCCAGUGAACUCCAAGUCAAUUAAUGCGGUCAGAGUAUUUCAUAAUGCCAGCAAUUUAAUGCAGCACAAUAGUGGUUCAGUAAAUCCAUUGCAAAUUCAAUCUAGCAAACAGCCUGAUUCUACUAUAGCAAGUGCAACCACAUCUUACUCCAGUUUAAACAAUCUUCCUAGAAUAGAGCAUGAGCUGUCAUGCACACCUAACAAGUUAGGAUAUCGCCUCCAAAGUGAAAAAUCAUCAAGUUUCCAUAAUUCAUUCUCAUCUUGUUAUUCUGUUGUUGAUGAGCUGAAACCCAUGUUAUUUGACAACAACGCCUCUCGUGUUGAAAGUAACCUGAUGCAAGAGGUCGACACUACUGGAUUUACUUCACAGGCUAAUUGUGCAGUCUAUGAAUUGCCGAAUCAAAUGUUAGAAGAAACUGCUGCAGGGAUUGUAAACACUGGCAGGAAAGGAGGAGAUACCAGUUUGCUAGACAGUACCGUAUUCGAUCCCCUCUUGCAUGAUUGGUGGGAUAACAGUGUCCUUCUAGCAGGAAACAUUCCACAUUUUGGAGCCACUACCACAGUAUCUGUUACAGAACAGUCAAAUAGUGAUCCAUUAUCAGUUGAAGGGAGGGGGCUGUUUUCAGAAACUGUCCUUGAAGAACUUCUUGGAGCUACUGGCAAUGUUAAUACGGAUACAACAUGUGGCCCUGUUGCGGCUAGCACUGAUUCUUUAGCUAACUGUUUCUCAGGCUGUGAAUUACCAGGGUACACCCUCCAAGACUCUUACUCAGUGAGCAAGGAACAAGUACCAUCAUUGAACUUCCCUUCCAGUAGCUACACAUCUGAAAAUAUGCCAAAUGGAGCAUCAAAGACAAUCCCAGUGUCCCUGGCCAAUUUAUCUAUGGAUGACUGUUGCAGCUUGAACACUGCAAGUUCCAAGGUCGGACAGGUGACAAAUCCCGAGGGCAUAAAGGUUAUAAAGAAAAGAGCUAGGCCAGGUGAGAGCACACGGCCAAGGCCAAAGGACCGGCAGCAAAUACAAGAUCGCGUCAAGGAAUUGCGUGAGAUAGUCCCGAACAGUGCAAAGUGUAGCAUCGAUGCUUUGUUGGACCGAACAAUCAAGCAUAUGAUCUUUCUACAAGGUGUAACUAAGUAUGCAGAGAAAAUCAAACAAGCUGAUGAGCCCAAGAUGAUAAGCAAGGAUACUGGUGCGAUCUUGAAAAAUAAUUCAAGUGGUGUUGUCUUGAAAGAUAACUCCAGCACUACCAGCAACGGUGGUGCCACAUGGGCCUAUGAGGUUGCUGGACAGACUAUGGUUUGCCCAAUAAUCGUCGAGGAUCUUGCACCACCUGGUCAGAUGCUUGUGGAGAUGCUAUGUGAGCAACGUGGAUUUUUCCUAGAGAUAGCAGACACCAUACGUGGAUAUGGACUGACAAUCUUGAAAGGUCUCAUGGAGCUCCGUGAUGGCAAGAUAAUGGCACGAUUUCUUGUCGAGGCAAACAAGAACGUGACUAGGAUGGACAUAUUUUUGUCACUUGUUCAGUUACUACAACAAAAUAGCCUCAAUAGAUCUUCUGACCAGCUAGCUAAGGUCAUUAGCAGCGGGGUUCCAUCUUUCGUGGAGCAUCAGCAAUCUCCAAUGUUGAUUCCGGUUGGCCUUGCUGAGAGGUGACAGUGAACACUAAAUUUGGAGAUCGUAUUAGGGGAUAUCAAUUGGAGCCAUUCAGAGUACUCAUGCUUGAUGCUGACUGUCAGGCGUUGUUGGGAUCAUGUGAGUGACAAGCGUACAGUGUCGCGAAUGUGCAUUGCGUUAUGAAGAAAAGUUCUCGUUUUCUUUUUGUCAAUUAUAUGUACAUGUUCUUUUCUUAGAAACGUCAAAUUAGUUCUCUUUUUUUUUACCCCAACGCUUUGUGUUAAUGUAUUGUGUUGUGUGUAGUGAACUAGUGAUGAGUGAUUUUUUCGACAAAAAAGGUGGCUUGUGGAGACUUUGUACUUUGUGCAAUUUUUAAUACU